UUGAGAAGGUCAGUGUCAACCCAGCCAAUCGUCGGAAGCCUAACAACGCUAAGCCAGCCAAUCAGACGCCUGCUAAGAAAGAGCUGCCCAGUGGGAGGAGCAAAGAGGUGAGAGUCCAGCAUCAUCCAUUCUCCUCGUCCUCUAUGGGUCGCUUUCAUUUCUCUUUUGGUUCCCUCCGUUCCCUACAUUCCCUCUGCUAGCAACUACGUUUUAUUUCAUUUUUAAGACAAAUGGAAUUUGGAUUUUGUUUAUUUUCUCACAAAUUGUUGUUAAAUUACUGCAUUGGGCUACACAUACAGUAUUGAUUGAAUAUCUUGGAUAAACCUGUGAGUAUCUCAAAUCUGUAGAUAAAAGUAAUCCAUAAAAGCUGUGAGUAGCUUUGGAUAAAGACGUCUGUUUAGUGACCAUAUUGUUAUUAUUCCUCCUCUCUAGAAAGUUUGUUUAUAUUAAUCAGACCACAUACAGUAUAUUUAAUAUUAUAAACUGGGUGGUUCGAGCCCUGAAUGCUGAUUGGCUGAAAGCCGUGGUAUAUCAGACCAUAUACCACGGGGUAUGACAAAACAUGUAUUUUUACUGCUCUAAUUACAGUACCUUGGUAACCAGUUUAUAAUAGCAAUAAGGCACCUCGGGGGUUGUGAAGUAUAUUGCCAAUAUACCACCGCUAAGGGCUGUAUCCAGGCACUCCACGUUGCGUCGUGCUUAAGAACAGCCCUUAGCAGUGGUAUAUUGGCCAUAUACCACACCGCCUCGUGCCUUAUUGUGUAAUUAUAUGAUUAUAUAUUGUAUAUGUAUUACUGUAUUGUUCUUCCUCUUCAGGAGGCUCCAGUGCGAGGCUGCUCUACCUCCAGCAGUCCCCUGAGCUCCCCCAGCAGCAGUGCUGCCCCGACCCGCUCCCCCUCCUCCACCUCUGGCCUCUCCUCAGGAUUCCUCCCCAGCCCCAGCCAGAGUGCCAAAGCCAUCAGCAGUAUGUUGGGUAAGGCUGUUUUGGAAACUGUAGCAGUACUACAUCUCUCUCUCACACACACACACACACACACACACACACACACACACACACACACACACACACACAAUCAAACACAGACACACAACACACACACACACACACACAUAUCCUUACCCAUCAGCAACAUGCUGGGUAAGGCAGUUUUGGGAAACUGUAGUGGUACUACAUUACCCAUAAUGCUAUGUGUUACAUAUCCGGUUAUGUCAUUAGGAAGUGUGUUAUGUAAAAUUUCUCUCUCUCAUCUCCUCUCCUCUCAUUACCUUAUCUUGUCAUUAUCUUAUUAUAAUGUCAUGCUGACUAUUGGUUUGAGCUGUAGUUAGAACUGAACUGUGAGAGAGAGAGAGUUGGUGGUUUGCACUAGACUGGAGAGAACCUUGUUUUUUAAUCUGAAUCUGUUUGAUGAUCCAAUCCUACACACUGCUAGCAUAUCAAGAUCUGGGACCAGGCGCACUGCCAGUAUCCCCUGUCUGAUGUAGCCUGGUACCAUUCUGAAUGUGCUGUAACCAACUCGUUUGUUAACCAUAGAAGAGUUUCCCACAGCACAUAUAGUAUGGGACUAGGUUACUAAUGAUGUACCUGGGUUGUGUUCAUUGGGCACUCCGUAACGAAACGUUUUGCAACGGAAAACUAAAACAAGCGUUUCUUAUUGGACCAGGUACAUCAUUGUAAGUCCAGGCACUCCCUCCCUGUUUAAUUUCUUCAGUUUGGUGCUUAAUGAACAAGACCCAGGUUACAAAUAAUGUAGCUAAGGUCUAAAAUCACCCUGCUCUCCUCCUCCCUCCCUCCCUCCCCCUCCCUCCCUCCCCUCCUCCCUCCCUCCCCUCCCUCUCCUCCCUCCCUCCCUCCCCUCCCUCUCCUCCUCCUCCCUCCCUCCCUCCCUCCCCCUCCCUCUCCUCCCUCCCUCCCCCUCCCUCUCCUCCUCCUCCCUCCUCCCUCCCCCUCCCUCUCCUCCUCCUCCCUCCCCCUCCCUCUCCUCCUCUUCCCCUCCUCCUCCCUCCCUCCCUCUCCUCCUCCUCCUCCCUCCCUCCCUCCCUCCCCCUCCCUCUCCUCCUCCUCCCUCCCUCCCCCCUCCCUCUCCUCUCCUCCCUCCCUCCCUCCCCCUCCCUCUCCUCUCCUCUCCUCUCCUCUCCUCUCCUCUCCUCUCCUCUCCUCUCCUCUCCUCUCCUCUCCUCUCCUCUCCUCUCCUCUCCUCUCCUCUCCUCUCCUCUCCUCUCCUCUCCUCUCCUCUCCUCUCCUCUCCUCCCUCCCUCCCUCCCUCCCUCCCUCCCUCCCUCCCUCCCUCCCUCUCCUCCUCCCUCACUUCCUCCCCCAGGUCCCAGCAGUAAGUUCCGUCACCUGCAGGGUGUGGUGCUCCACAGAGACACCCACUUCACCAACCUGAAGGGGCUCAACCUCACCACACCCGGGGAGUGUGAUGGCUUCUGUGCCAACCUCCAUCGCGUGGCCGUGCCCCUCGCCACCGCCGGGGGUCAGAUCGCCAUAUUUGAGGUACUUCCAUACUAAGGAAAUGGAAGAUAAUAUUUCUUUAUUCGAAAUGUUGUAGUAUUCUUUUAGUUAUUUUUAUUUGUCCUUAUAUUGAUCUUUUUUAAGUGAGCCCUGGCCAAGAAAAAAUUAGGGUGUUUUAUGGCUGUGUCAUCUUAUUAGUUGGAGGGGAGUAGACAGCGCUUCAACCAACAUGAAAUAAGCGGCCGCUACAGAAUUACAUAUACUGUAGAAUGUAAUAAUUAAUAGUGUAAAUAGUAAUUUAAUAGGAUCUCUGCAGGUGCCACCAUAUAGAACAAAGAUGUGGCUUUAUUGGUUCACACACUGAAGAAAGAGGGAUGUAUUUCAUUGCCCCCCUGCUCCCCUCCUCAGUUGUCUCAGGCUGGGAAGCUAGCGGACACAGGCCUGCCCACCAUCCAGAACUCUGUCAACGUGGCUGACUUCUCCUGGGACCCCUUCAACAGUCACAGGCUGGUGGUGGCGGGCGACGAUGCUAAGAUCCGUGUGUGGCAGGUGCCUGAGGGGGGUCUGACAGAGACCCUGACCGAGCCAGAGGCCAUCCUGCAGGGUAAGACACACUCCGCAGGGAACUUGAGCCCAAUUAAGUUCAGUUAAAGUUGAAUUAAAUUGGACUCAGAGCAGGGGCUUUUGGGGUCCAAUGUGAAAUAUAUGAACAUUUAGAUGGGUCCAAUGUGAAAUAUAUGAACAUUUAGAUGGGUCCAAUGUGAAAUAUGUGAACAUUUAGAUGGGUCCAAUAUGAAAUAUGUGAACAUUUAGAUGGGUCCAAUGUGAAAUAUGUGAACAUUUAGAUGUGUGAGUGAAUGUAGUCACAUAUCAGUGCACUAUCCUUCAUUCAAUGAGUGACAGAAACUAAAUGUACAGGAUACCGGUAUGCAAUUUGCUACAGUGUCUCAUAUUAUCCUUAUAUAGCCUUAUACUGUGUGAUUUACUGAGUAGAUCAUAACAUGAUCAAUAGAAAUAAAUAAUAUAUUGAUCGAUUGAUAGAAUGUGAGUGAGUGACAGGGGUUUUGACCAAUCACAGGCCACACUGAGAAGAUCUACUCAGUCAAGUUCCACCCCCUGGCGUCGGGCCUGCUGGCAUCCUCCUCCUACGACCAGACUGUGCGCCUGUGGGUCCUGGAGUCUGGGGACGAGGUCAAAGUGCUCCGGGGACACCAGGAUCAGGUGACGGGGGAGGAGGGAAAGGAGGCGGGACAUAAGGAAUGUGGCAUUGGCAGAGGGCGGAACCACUGGUUUUGUUAGAGAAUAGGGCGUGGUAGAAUUGAUCUGGGAUAAUAAUAAUGAUAGAUGGAUGGAUGGAUAUUGAUUGAUUGAGACUACCUACAGUAUGUACAGUGAGGGAAAAAAGUAUUUGAUCCCCUGCUGAUUUUGUACGUUUGCCCACUGACAAAGAAAUGAUCCGUCUAUAAUUUUAAUGGUAGGUUUAUUUGAACAGUGAGAGACAGAAUAACAACAAAAAAAUCCAGAAAAACGCAUGUCAAAAAUGUUAUAAAUUGAUUUGCAUUUUAAUGUGGGAAAUAAGUAUUUGACCCCCUCUCAAUCAGAAAGAUUUCUGGCUCCCAGGUGUAUUUUAUACAGGUAAAGAGCUGAGAUUAGGAGCACACUCUUAAAGGGAGUGCUUCUAAACUCAGCUUGUUACCUGUAUAAAAUACACCUGUCCACAGAAGCAAUCAAUCAGAUUCCAAACUCUCCACCAUGGCCAAGACCAAAAAGCUCUCCAAGGAUGUCAGGGACAAGAUUGUAGACCUACACAAGGCUGGAAUGGGCUACAAGACCAUCGCCAAGCAGCUUGGUGAGAAGGUGACAACAGUUGGUGCGAUUAUUCGCAAAUGGAAGAAACACAAAAGAACUGUCAAUCUCCCUCGGCCUGGGGCUCCAUGCAAGAUCUCACCUCUUGGAGUUGCAAUGAUCAUGAAAACGGUGAGGAAUCAGCCCAGAACUACAUGGGAGGAUCUUGUCAAUGAUCUCAAGGCAGCUGGGACCAUAGUCACCAAGAAAACAAUUGGUAACACACAACGCCGUGAAGGACUGAAAUACUGCAGUGCCCGCAAGGUCCCCCUGCUCAAGAAAGCACAUAUACAUGCCCGUCUGAAGUUUGCCAAUGAACAUCUGAAUGAUUCAGAGGAGAACUGGGUGAAAGUGUUGUGGUCAGAUGAGACCAAAAUGGAGCUCUUUGGCAUCAACUCAACUCGCCGUGUUUGGAGGAGGAAUGAUGCCUAUGACCCCAAGAAUCCAUCCCCACCGUCAAACAUGGAGGUGGAAACAUUAUGCUUUGGGGGUGUUUUUCUGCUAAGGGGACAGGACAACUUCACCGCAUCAAAGGGACGAUGGAUGGGGCCAUGUACCGUCAAAUCUUGGGUGAGAACCUCCUUCCCUCAGCCAGGGCAUUGAAAAUUGGUCGUGGAUGGGUAUUCCAGCAUGACAAUGACCCAAAACACACGGCCAAGGCAACAAAGGAGUGGCUCAAGAAGAAGCACAUUAAGGUCCUGGAGUGGCCUAGCCAGUCUCCAGACCUUAAUCCCAUAGAAAAUAUGUGGAGGGAGCUGAAGGUUCGAGUUGCCAAACGUCAGCCUCGAAACCUUAAUGACUUGGAGAAGAUCUUCAAAGAGGAGUGGGACAAAAUCCCUCCUGAGAUGUGUGCAAACCUGGUGGCCAACUACAAGAAACAUCUGACCUCUGUGAUUGCCAACAAGGGUUUUGCCACCAAGUACUAAGUCGUGUUUUGCAGAGGGGUCAAAUACUUAUUUCCCUCAUUAAAAUGCAAAUCAAUUAAUAACAUUUUUGACAUGCGUUUUUUCUAGAUUUCUUUGUUGUUAUUCUGUCUCUCACUGUUCAAAUAAACCUACCAUUAAAAUUAUAGACUGAUCAUUUCUUUGUCAUUGGGCAAACGUACAAAAUCAGCAGGGGAUCAAAUAAUUUUUUCCCUCACUGUAGAAGGAAUGUGCAUGUGUCUCCUUCGCUUCAUUUCAACUUUUUCCUUUCUCUGUUCCCUCUCUCCUUCCUGGUGUGUAUGUAGAUAUUUGGGAUGGCGUGGAGUCCAGAUGGUAAACUCCUGGCCACGGUGUGUAAGGAUGGGAAAUUGCGCAUCUACGACCCUCGCAAGUCUGCUGACCCAGUACAGGUGUGUGUACGGGAGACCUGAGGAGUUUUUGAACCUUUUUGUGUGGAAACAGAGUAUUUACAAAUCGCUCUCUUUCUCUCCUUCUCCUUCUCUCUCUCUCUCUGCAGGAGGGUGCAGGUCCUGAGGGCCACAGGGGGGCUCGUGUGGUGUGGGUGUGUGACGGCAAAUACCUGAUGGUGUCGGGUUUCGACAGGUGAAUAUUUCUCUGUAUUUCUGUUUGGUAGUUGAGCUUCAAUUUGUGCAUAACAAUCAAUUUACCUUAAUUUCAUUCAUUCAUUCAGUUCAUUGUCUGUCUAUGACCAUUCAGACAGUCUGACAUGUAGUUCACCCAUAAUCUUGGUUCACAUUUAAAAAACUGUUCACCUUUGUUGGAGACCAAUGACUUUAUGGUCCUAGUGAAGAGGAAUACAACCUUUCUGACCCUAGACCUCAUUGAUGAUGUCACCACAGUUCACCUCACCUUUGACCCCUGAUGUGUUUUCCCCUUCUGCAGUCGCAGUGAGAGAACCCUGUACCUGCACUCCGCUGAGUCCCUGUCCUCCGGGGCCAUCGCCAGCGCCCCCACUGAUGUCUCGCCCUCCACCCUCAUUCCCUUCUACGACCCCGACACCAGCGUCGUCAUCCUCACCGGAAAGGUAAACAACAGCAAACAAACUAAUAAACAAACAGAGCAUUUAUUUUGAAUGGAUGAAAAUAGGAGCCAUAUUGACUUGAUGUUGUGUUGAAAGUCUGUUACAGACUCUUGUGCUUAAUGAUAAUAAUGUCUGCCUAGCCUGGUUCCAGAUCUGUUUGUGCUGUCUUGCCAACUCCUAUGGCAUUUCAGUAGUAGACAACAAAAAACGAUCUGGGACCUGGCAAAUGUCGGCCAUUGGUGGAUUGGUAGAUUCAUACUGACUCCCCAUACCCAGACUUUGACACGAGUAAACCUAUACAGCCAUUGUUUGUUGUUGUUGUUGUUUACCAGGGUGACACGCGAGUGUACAUCUUUGAGAUAGUGCCAGAGGCUCCCUAUUUCCUGGAAUGUGCCAGCUUCAACUCCUCAGAGCCCCACAAGGUAUAGUCUUUAUGUUUACUGCAUUUACAUUCCUCCUUUUCACUCUUUCUUUUCUCCUUUUCAUAUAUCCCUCUCCUUUUUAUUACAUGUUUUGUAGUCAAUGGAUGAAAACAUUUCCCUGAAUUUGUGACUUGUAUAAAAUGUCUGUGAAUUGAUUGACUGACUGACUAAUUGACGAUCAGUCAAUCAAUUACGCUGGCUGCUGUAGACCUGUAGAAUCUCUCUGCAUGAACUUCCUGUUUCCUGUGUUUAGGGCUUGGCCUUCCUGCCGAAGACUGAGUGUGUGGUGCAAGAGGUGGAGGUGGCCAGGGGUCUGAGGCUCAGUAAGACCUCCAUAGAGCCAGUGGCCUUCAGAGUCCCCCGCGUCAGAGUGAGUCAUGGCUGAACACCUCCAUCUAGUGUAUAUUUGGGGGAAAUAGGAAAAACCUGCAGUUAUUUGAUGACUUUUCAGACCAUGGCCUCAAAGGACUAGCAGUAAAAAUGGGUUUAGUAUGUGAACCCCUGUUUGUUCUUUGUCUAUGGACUUUGAGUUUGAGUUGUGAGUUCUGAACUAACCCCGUCAUGUCUCGUCUCCCUCCCUCCUUCUCUCCGUCCGUCCACAGAAAGAGUUCUUCCAGGACGAUGUGUACCCAGACACAGCAGUGUGGUGGGAGUCCUCUCUGACAGCCUCAGCCUGGCUGGCUGGUUCUGAUGGGAAGCAUCGCUCCAUCAGCCUCAAGCCCAAAGACAUGACCCCAGGUAGGGGCUAACCUCAGCUCUGCUCUGCUCGGCCCGGGCACAUAUAGUACAAACAGUGGACUGAAGUCAACAGCAUUACAGCAUUACUGUUAGAUCAGCAUUUUGAAUUUCAGAUGAGAAGCAAAGCAUGUACAGUUUAUAAGGGCCAACCUAUAGCAGAAUUCCCUGAAAUGCUCUCACUGCACCAAAUGCCCUACAUUUAUACUCCUAGUUAUUCAUACACUGAAGAGGUGCCACACAGAGGAUCUAAGAUCUUUUAUCUGUGUUGACUCCAAAGGAGCGUUAUCUGGUGACUGUUUAAUAAUGUUAACACUCAGUGGUGACUAAAGAUCUGGACUCCCAGUGUGUCCAGUCUGAGACAUACCCCCUACAUGCUAAGAAGUGCAAACGUUAGAUAUUACUGCACUGUCGGAGCUAGAAGCACAAGCAUUUCACUACACCCGCAAUAACAUCUGCUAAACACAUGUAUGUGAACAAUAAAAUGUGAUUUGAUUUUGAUUAGCAUGUGUGAAGAUCCAUGUCCUUCCAGACCUGACUGAUUGAGACCGAUCAAGCCAGAGAAGACUUGCUCAGUGUCUCUGCAGGUGGCCUGCUGUGGUCUAGCGGUUAGGUUAGGGCUGCUGUCUUUAGAACACACAGUAUAUAUACAGUGGUCCACCGCCAUUCUGAUACAAACCUCUCCCAACUCUCUUGUCUCACUUUCACUGUUUCUGUCUGUCUGUCUGUCCGUCUGUCCUCUCAGUGAGUGAGGCACCCAAGGAGGUCCAAGUGAGAAAGUACCUGCCAUCCUCUCACUACCUGGAGGAGAAGACUGACGAGCAGAAGAAAGAUGAGGUCUGUCUGUCUGCCUGUCUGUCUGUGUGCACCUGUGUGUCUGUCUGUCUGUGUGCACCUGUUUGUGUGUGUCUGUGUGCGUAUAUGUAUGUGUGUGUUGCUACUAUCUGAAUGUAAAGCAUCUUAUCUUAGUGAGUAUUUCUCUUUGAGUGCAGCUAGCUAUAUGGAAGCUUGGUGACUGUUUUGUUAUUUGUCAUGUUUUGUCACAGUAAUAGUAUGAAUAGUUAUUAGUAGGGAUGGAAAAAUCUAUUUUGAUAUCCGUUUUAACCAAUAUCAUGUAUGAAUGUUUCAUUUUCUGUUCAUUUCCACGGCUUUGUGAAGUCCAGACAACUGCUUGCGGAUUUUCUAUUGGGCCAGACGUGAAUAUUCUGGUAGCAUAUAGGCCUACCUACCUAACCAGUUUGAAUCCAAUGGGAAGCCAGUUGAUGGCCCAUCAGCAGGCAGUUAACUUUGCUAAAUGAAGAGCCUGUGAGAGGGUUUUGUGCCUGCAAGACUCAUGAAUGCUCUUUUACCUAAUAGUGUAGGUUAAUAGCAAUGAUAAACCGAUAUCACAAUAUGUCUUGCUCAUAUCGAUAUCAAACAAUAUCGAAAUCAUGUUAAAUGAUGGAUAUUGGUACCCACCAAAUCAAAAUAAAAUAAAAUAAAUGUAUUGGUCACAUACACAUAGUUAGAAGAUGUUAUUGCGACUGUAGCAAAAUGCUUGUGCUUCUAGUUCCGACAGUGCAGCAAUAUCUAGCAAGUAAUAUCUAACAGUUCCACAACAAAUACCUAAUACACACUAAGUAAAUCUAAGGAAUUUAAUAAGAAUAUAUAAAUAUAUGGAUGAGCAAUGUCAUUGUAACCUCCCGAGUGGCGCAGUGGUCUAAGGCACUGCAUCUCUGUGCCACUAGAGAUCCUGGUUCGAAUCCUGGCUCUGUCGUAGCCGGCUGCGACCGGGAGACCCAUGGGGUGGCGCACAAUUGGCCCAGCGUCGUCCAGGGUAGGGGAGGGAAUGGCCGGCAGGGAUGUAGCUCAGUUGGUAGAGCAUGGCGUUUGCAACGCCAGGGUUGUGGGUUCGAUUCCCACUGGGGGCCAGUAUGAAAAAAAAAUAUAUAUAUAUAUUUCAUGUAUGCACUCUGUAAGUCGCUCUGGAUAAGAGUGUCUGCUAAAUGACUAAAAUGUAAAAAUAGAUAGUAUAGAAUAGAGUAUAUACAUAUGAGAUGGGUAAUGGGUAGUAUAGAAACACCACUAGUUAGUAGUGUGACUAUAGUGUGUUAAUCAUGUGCCUGUGCUACAGCUGUUGAGUGCCAUGAUAGGCAAGCUAGGGAACAUGGAUGACAACCCUCUACCACAGGAGUCCUUCCAGGGAGUAGAAGACGAUGAGUGGGUGAGUGACAAACACACACACACACACACACAAACACAGACACAGAUGUACACAGAUGUACACACUCACAUUUAACCAUGCUCUUGUGUCUUUCAGGGUGACUAGUGUGUGUUGCCUUGCGGACCUGCUUGCGGUGCCAGCAGUAACCAAGGGGCCUGCUGGACUGAAACUUGCCAUUCCUGCGUGCCACUGAUGCAUCCUAUGUCAAAAAAACAUCUCCCAAACACCUAACAUUAAACCUUCCAGAAAUCCCAGUUGGAGAAUUGUGUGUGUGGAUUUCCUGCUUAUUUUCCUGGGACUUUUGGGGAAUGUUACCAGACUUGUGCAACCCUACCGCCCAUAUCCCCAUAUCAUCCUCUAAUACUCUGAAUAAGUAGACGUUGCCUUUAACCAUUGGCUGAUCUAGGAUCAGAUAUGUUUUCCUCUCCAUAAUGGUUAAAGUUAGGAUUGGAGGUUUGGAAUCUGAUCCUAGAUCUGUGGUUAAAGGCAACCUUACCUCAAUUCG